AAAAUUAUCGCAACCUUCAUUUAUUCGUUUAGCCUGUCUCGACACACAACGGAAAAUGGAGACGAAAUGCAUUUUUAUCGCCUUCACUCUCGUGCUUCUCGCAGCGCACCAAGUUUCUGCCGGAGCAAAGCUGACUUGCUACACGUGCAACUCGCACGACGACCCAAUAAACUGCCCAUUUGAAGGAUUCGAUUCGGACAAAUACACAGGAAAAGAAGUCAACUGCAGUCAAUCUGCUCGCGAAACUAUGGCUGCUGUGCAAAACAUUCUUUACCCGAACUACCACGAGGAGCUGGUCGUACCACUCGGCUCCAGCAAAAUUGACGAGGAACGAUGCGUCAAAUUCACAGCAAAAAGCAGGAAUGGACAAAAACCGGUGACCUUCAGGGGUUGCAUGUUUAAUGGUCACUACACCUGCGCGCACAUCCAAAGUGUGUUGGAAAACGCCAAGGCGGAUUUGGAGCAGUGCGACUUUUGCAAGCACAAAUACAACUGCAACUCGUCUUCGAUCGUUCGUCUCUCUCUAUUGAGCGUGGUCGGAGCAAUCAUUCUCAGCCUAAUUUCACACUAA